UGCUUUUUUUUUAAACCUACAUCGAAACCUCAGUUCUGGCGACCCAGCAGAGCUUUAUCUCGUUUUCUCUGAGGGUGGUUGGCUAGAGCCCCUACAGUGGACCCAGAUUUUACUGCACUGGACUUUAAUCUUUUCGUUUUACUUGUUUUUUUGUUGUUGUUGUUGUUGUUUUUAAUUCUGUCACGUAUGCACAUGCAUUCAAAGUUAAAGCCACCAACCCCGCUUGUUGGGGGUUGCACAUUUAUGCAUGAAACCUACAAAAUGCAACACUUAACUGGAGAUCCACCUAAACUCUGUUCAACUUCUCAUACCGCUUUUGACCGGGCUCAAUUACAUCGGGCUCGGAAUGAAUAAAGUCUGGCUCUAACACCUGUUGGUUUUUACCAGUGUGUUAUGACGAAUGCCAGUCAUUUCCCCCAAAUUCACCUUUUACAUCAUCAUCUCCCUCUGUGGUAAAGGCUUGGGAGCAGUGCUUUGCUUCCUUAUAGCCUGCUCUACUGGUUUUCCUGCAUUAAUAAUUUAAAAUCUUCCCUCCUGUCAUAAGGAAAUGAUAUGAAAUUAAUAAGUAAUACUUUUUGACUUUUUGGUUUGCUCCAAGGAGCAAAUACAUGGAAGAUGUGAAAAGUUAAGAAAGUAAUCUACACUGCAUUAUGCUGUGUUUUGCACACUUAAACAUGAAGCUUAAACAUUUUUCUAUCUUAUAAAGGCAAAAGGAGGAAAAUAGCCUUCUUGAGUUAAUUUUAUCUCCACUUGAAGCAAAAAAAGUUCUAAAAUUAUAUUUCUUUUCAUGAUCAUUCAGUCAGUGAACAUGAAACAUUGUGCUUCAUGUGUCUUUCUUUGAUGCACGCCUCUUUGAUGUGCUGACAGUGAAUAACAUGCAAACUCAGACGGCUCUUUAAAGCCAGAAACAUUAACGACCGAAUAGAAUUUAGAUUUGAAGCACCAGAUGCAGGAUAUGUUGUCCGCAGCAUUGUCCUGUUAUUGUGUUCUCCUCUAAUGAUGUCAUGUUGACUUUGGUUAAGGCUCUGUUGCUCACCAAGAUGUACUUGAAUCUGCACAGUGCUGUAUAUUGCCAGGCUUAGGGAAUAGUAGCUCAGGUGAGUCAUGCUGCAUAACAAGAAAAAAGAAAAACAUUUUUAGCAUUUAAUCACAGGAGCAGAAAAGUAUAUGCGGAAACCAAUUAAGCAGCGUCUUUGCAAAGCAACUUUGUCAAAGUUAUUUCCUUGUAAUAAGUUGCUGUGUAUCCUUUGAAGCCUCUGCCACUGUGCUUUGGACUGUGUGUGUAAAUGUGCGUCAGAGGAAAGGGAUUUAGAGGUCACUCUGGUUUUCUUUUCCUUUCUUUUUUUUUUUUUUUUUGAAUUGUGAAAUAUUUGCCCCAUAGAUUCCAGAGAGGCCUGCUUCUCUGUUCCUAGGGCCCAUGGUCCUCAUUGUUGAAACUCUUUCACUGUUGAGCUUUUCACUCUUGUCAGCUGUGCGCCUCUGUUAACACACUGGGGAGCUUUGUGUGGGGUGAGCUCGCUGUCUGCACAUGUGUAUGCUUUCACGUGCAUGCGCCUGUCCGAGGAAAGAGUCUGUUAAUGUGCAUGUGCACUCAAUGAGAGAAAAUGAGAUAGAAGCGCGGGUGAACUGAAUGAAUGGAAAGCAAAGUGAGGGGUUUUUCAGAGAGGAGGAACUCUUUUUCAUACAGCAGCUUUGUACCCUUCUUAAGUAAAGACACAAACAGGCAUUUUGGCAAUAGGAACCAUAACAGAUGGAAAGAGCAAGUAAAUCUUGAUCCACAGCUGCUGUGGAUGGGUUCUUGUGUUUUCCGUUGUUGGAGCGUCUGAAGAGGCUGCUGAUGCUAGCAGAGUGAUCAGCAGCCGGCAGACCACCCUACUUCUUCCCUUUAGGGAUCUUGAGACAAGUGACUGGCUGUCUGCAACCCCAGCCUGCAGCACAUUUGGAGCAUGAGUCAAGCAGCAGACGAAGUAGGAGCUUCUGCGCACAUUAACAAGCUCUCAAGAAGAUACUGCACAGGUAACCACUCCAUGGCUGCACCCUGACACUAUCAUCUGUUCAUCCCCUCUGCCCCAGCCUGCCCCCUCUUAUCCAGCUCCUCUCCCCUCCUCCUCACCCCGUGGCCUAUUUAUACCCUGGAGACUCGAAGCAGUCUAUUAAAGCCCACGGACCUGUUCAGAAAAAGACUCCAAUUUCGACAAGAACACUAAAGGACUUACUUUCUAAAUGGAAAAGGAUCACACAUUCAAAGGAUGACUGCAGUCUACCCCUCUGAGAGUAGCCCAGACGGGGCUGAAGCUGGGACUCAGCCAGCAGGCUCUAAGGGGUCAGGAGCAGGAGGAACCACUGGGACCAGCUCAGUAACUGGGGUCAAGAGCGCGGAUUCUCAUGGAGACUCGAUCCGAGGUUCCAUUGGAAGCACGGUGGCCUCUACUAGUAGCAGCCAAAGGAACGCCCGCUGGAGCCGGCAGGACAGCUCUGACAUAAACACAGAUGAUGAAGGAGCCACCGUCCGCCGCCUCACUCCCCUGGAAAGGCUGAACCUGGAUAUGUGCCAGGAUGAAAGUUUGGUCCGUGAGCUAACAGUGGGCAGAAGAAUCGGCUUCUACAAAAUUCAUGGAGAGCUCGGGUGUGGAAAUUUCUCCCAUGUUAAGCUGGGAAUUCAUGCUCUCACCAAAGACAAAGUGGCCAUAAAGAUCUUAGAUAAGACCAAGCUGGAUCAGAAGACCCAGCGGCUGCUGUCCAGGGAGAUCUCUAGCAUGGAAAAACUACACCAUCCCAACAUCAUACGCCUCUAUGAGGUGGUGGAGACUUUGUCACGUUUGCACCUAGUGAUGGAGUACGCAGGCGGAGGGGAGCUCUACACCAAGAUUACUACAGAAGGAAAGCUUUCUGACACUGACAGCAAGUUUGUCUUUGCUCAGAUUCUUUCUGCUGUUAAACACAUGCAUGAAAAUAACAUCAUUCACCGUGACCUGAAGGCAGAAAAUGUCUUCUACACCAACGGCUCUUGCGUGAAGGUGGGGGACUUCGGAUUCAGCACACUGAGCCGCCGCGAUGAGACACUCAACACAUUCUGUGGCUCUCCGCCAUACGCUGCGCCUGAACUCUUUAGGGAUGAGCAUUAUGUUGGCAUCUAUGUAGACAUCUGGGCCCUAGGGGUGAUGUUGUUUUUUAUGGUGACAGGCACAAUGCCAUUCAGGGCGGACACUGUGGCCAAACUAAAGCGGUGCAUCAUGGAUGGGGCCUACAUCAUUCCCUCUUGGGUGCCAGAUGCAUGCCAGAAGCUAACCAGGGGAAUCCUCCAACCCAUACCAACUGACCGCUGUACAGUGGAGCAGAUGAUGGGCUGCGAGUGGUUGCUCCCCGUGGACCUCCCGCACGCCAUGGAACCCUUUAAACUGGACCCAUCCUACCUCGCAGAGAGUGAUCCAUCAGAUCUCACUGAGGAAGAGAUGGAGAUAAAGUCUUCGCUGGAGGCACUGGGAAUCACCUCGGAGCACAUCCUAAACAACCAGGGCAAAGACUGCAGGAGCUCCAUCACUGGUGUCUAUCGGAUUCUGCUACACCGUUUUCACAAGAGACGGGUUGUCGAAAGCAUUCCUGUGGUAAAACAGGCAGUCAGACCCACAGCAACAAGUAAAAAAGAACGGCUAAAAGUGUACCGCAGUUUACGGCAGACAUCUAAACUCUGUGCAAUUCUGUGACAAAAUUCUUUGCUCUGGAAAUUUAAUUAAGUUAUGGACUUGGAUGCAUGGAUUUAUUACAAAUAAAAAAUUAAAACAAGAA